AUGGUGAAGCAAAUUGAGAGCAAGUUUGCUUUUCUGGAAGGCUCGGAGGCUGCAGGUGAUAAACUUAUCAUGGUUGGCUUCUCAGCCACGUGGUGUGGGCCUUGCAAAAAGAUCAAGCUUUUCUUUCAUUCCCUCUUUGAAAAGUAUUCCAACAUGGUAUUCUCUGAAGUACAUGCGGCUGACUGUCAGGAUGUUGCUUCAGAAUGUGAAGUCAAAUGCAUGCCAACCUUCCAGUUUUUUGUUAAGGGACAAAAGGUGGGUGAAUUUUCUGGAGCUAAUAAGGAAAAGCUUGAAGCCACCAUUAAUGAAUUAGUCUAAUCAUGUUUUCUGAAAACAUA